AGAGGAGGAGCAGAGAGGAGGGGCAGAGCGGAGGAGCAGAGAGGAGGAGCAGAGCGCAGUGCUGGGAACGUCUGGAAUCUUCUCCCCUCGUGACUUUAAUCAGUCUAAUUUCUAACAUCAGGUCAGGAAUAAACUCAGUCCAGACAAAGCGUCCCGUUCAGGACGUCCUGCUGUUCUGCUGACCGCUGGAGGAGAACGACUCACACAGCCUGGAACCCUCCGACUGCAGACAUCGGCCACAGCAGGACUGCAGGUGUGGAUAAGAUGCAGGUGUGUUUGGUGGUUAUUUUGCCCCUCCUGUGGCCCCUGAUUAACGCUCAGGUGCCCCACUGGGGUCCCUGUCCCGAACCCGUCACCCAACCGGCCUUCAACUUCAAACUGUUUAUGGGCCGGUGGUUCGAGAUCGCUAAACUGCCGGCUCAGUUUGAGAGAGGACGCUGCAUCGAGACCAACUUCACUUUACAGUUUGACGGAACCGCUCGCGUCCUGAGCUCUGAGAUCCUUAAAGGGGAGGUGAGGACGAUCGAGGGGACGGCAGUGGUGGAGGACAAAAAGAACCCGGCUAAACUCGGCAUCAGCUUUUCAUACGUUCUGCCGUACUCGCCGUACUGGAUCAUCUCCACCGACUACGUCAACUCUGCGCUGGUCUACUCCUGCACCGACGUCCUGAGGCUCUUCCACGUGGACUUCGCCUGGAUCCUGGGCCGCAGCCGCUCUCUGCCCGAGUCCACCAUCAACCAUGGCAAAGAGGUUUUCACCAAAAACAACAUCGACGUGAGCCGCAUGGUGGCCAGCAGGCAGCAGGGCUGCGACAAACUCCUCUGAGACUCGAGACCCUCAGGAAGCUCAUCUGACAUCAUCCAUUAAAACUCCACUCAGGAGCUGAUGGAGCUUCAGCUCGGACCCCAGCGGCGCUGUAAACUACAGAAUGAGCCCGGCUCUCCGUUUUACUGAUUCUGCACAAAUAAAAAUAUUAGUCCAAAAAUUUCACAGAGAAAAUACUUUUUUAUAUAAUCUUUGAUGUGACAGUUCAACAGUUUCCCCAAAUUUGAUGUCCACAGUUUGAGAUCUGAGACUAAUGUAGCUAACAAUGGACCCCUAUAGCCCACCAGUUAGCACUCUGCGGACUACACGCCUUAUAUCUUCUACAGUGUCAUACACUUUUACACUACACAGUGAAAAACAUCAUCUUGCUACUGAUUGUGCAAAAGUUUGAACACCUCUGGGGGUGUUUCACAAAGCAGGAUUUCUCAGUUAGCCAGAUCACUUAAGCCCAAAGAUGAGGACUGUCCAAUAGGAAUGUCCCUUAGCUCUUUUCCUAUUGGACAGGCUUGACUCUGGACUUAAGUUAUCUGGCUAAGUGUGAAAUCCUGCUUUGUGAAACGCCUCCCUGUUCUGUUCUCUGCAGAGACACAUGCAUAUUUUAAUACAGAAUUACUGUUUAUUUACUGAGUUUAACAUAUUGGGAAAAAAAAAAACAUCAAAUGUGGCCGGUGCAAAAGUUUAUACUUUAUUUUUUACCCAAAUAUGCAAAUAAACAGAAAUCAUGCUCUACAAUCAGCGUGUGUUCACGGUAGAGGGUGUACUAACUUAUUCACACCCAGAAAAUCAGCAACAUGGAAUUAGACCAGGGGCACCAAGACUUUUUCACAGACGUUGGCUGUGUGUAUUGUGAGGUUGGCAGCGCGCCUUUAUUAAUAGGAGUGUAAAUACAGCGCUGUGUAAAAGUCUUAGUCCCUCUGAAAAAACAAUGAUGCUGUUUAUUUGGGCGAUAAACAUUUAUUUGUUGAUAAAAACACUAACGUCACAAUAAACAUAAACAAACAACCCA